CGUUAGCAAAGAGGUGAAGAGGGGAGGGAAGGAAAAGCAGAGGAGAGGAGAGGAGCAAGAGGGUUCGGGGCUCACCAUGGGCCCUGUGCAGCUCUUGCUGCUCUUGUUGCUCCUCAGCAGUGGUGUUCUCACACAAGAAGAAACACCUGAAAGUGGAAACCUAGGCUGUUCAAAAGAUACAACCAGAUUUAAACACCUCAGGAAAUAUGUAUACUUAUACGAAGCAGAAACAUCAAAUGGGGUCACUGGAACAGCAGAUUCUCGAAGUGGUUCAAAGAUCACCUGCAAGGUUGAACUGGAGGUACCACAGCUGUGCCACUUCAUCCUGAGGACAAUGCAUUGCUCCCUGAGGGAGACAUUUGGUGUUGACACUGAGGGAAGGGCCAUCCUCAAAAAGUCAAAGAACUCUGAGGACUUUGCAAAUGCCAUGUCCAGGCAUGAGCUAAAAUUUAGUGUUCAGGAAGGAACCAAAGUCAAGCUAUACCCCGAGAAGGAUGAACCUCUGAAUGUCCUGAACCUCAAGAGGGGGAUCAUUUCAGCUCUCCUUGUGCCAACAGAAACAGUAGAAAAUGUAAAAACAAUAUCCAUGGACACUGUAUAUGGAAAGUGUGAUAGUGAAGUUGAAUUCAAAUCUAGAAAAGGAAAUGUUGCAGAAGAUAUUUCAAUUAACAGGGACCUGAAAGCCUGUGACAACUUCAGUCCCAUCAGAGAUUAUGUCAGCCCCAUCGCCAUUGUGAAGGGACUAAACAUCCCAUUAUCUACCCUUCUGAGGAGCACUCAAUUCUGUCAUUACAAUAUUGAUGCAAAGAAAAGGCAUGUAAGAGAUGCUGUCUGCAGUGAAAAACACCUGUUUUUGCCUUCCUCAUACAAAAAUCGCUAUGGUGUGAUGACGGAAGUCAACCAGACACUGAGGCUUGAAGAUACCCCUAAGAUCAAUAAUAGAAAUUUUGAUGGAGAUGAACUGGAAGAGAAAGGACUUGCUUUGGAAAGUACAGAUGCAAAAUUUCCCAGGCAGGCUGAUGCUGUUCUGAAAACUCUCCAGGAACUGCAAAAACUUUCAGCCUCCCAGCAGAACCAGCAGAGAGCAAGACUCUUUUACAAAUUUGUUUCUGGACUUAGAAGUUUACACAAUGCCACCCUUGGCUCUCUUGUACCAAAGUUGAUGGAAACUUCAAGUUCCAUCACAGUCCAGGCCCUGACUCAGUGUGGGACUCCAGAGUGCUAUAGUGCGGUCCUUCAGAUACUGAGAGCUGGAGAUGUGAAUCCUUUUGUGGUAGACCUGGUCACAUACACCCUUGGACUAUUGCCUUCUCCAACUGCUAGAAGAAUACGAGAAAUUCUUAACAUGGCCCAGUAUCGGCCAAGCAGAGCUUCUUUUUAUAGCUUGAGUCAUUCUGUUACUAAAUUCUACAAUGAGAAGAUAACUGUGACAGAGGAAAUAACAGACGUUGCAGACUUCAUGGUAUCACUACUUGGCACUGAUUGCUCUGGGGAUGAUGAGCUCACAUAUCUCACACUUCGGGCUAUUGGAAACAUGGGCACAGUACUGGAGAAAGCUAAACCCAACCUGAAAUCUUUCCUUAAGACAUGUAUCAGAAAUGAAGCUGCAUCACCUUCAGUUCAGAAAGCAGCCAUCCAGGCAUUCAGGAAAAUGACUAUUACUGAAGAGGACCGUUCAGCACUUCUGAAAGCAUUCCAUGAAGGGGAUGCACCUACUGACAAACGUCUGGCAGCUUAUCUCAUACUGAUGAAAAGUCCUUCUCAAAGUGAUCUCACCAAGAUUGUGAGAGUCCUCACAAAGGAGAAGAAUGAACAAGUGAAAAGCUUUGUUGCCUCACACAUUGCCAACAUCCUAGACUCUGAAGAAGUAGGCAUUGAAGAUCUGAAGAGCAGAGUGGAAGAAGCCCUGAAAGGAAACCAGGUUCCAACAGCCAGCGAUUUCAGAAAAUUCUCACAGAAUUAUCAGAUUUCCAAAAAAGUUUCUUUACCUGGAGUUGAUCCCAUCUCUGCCAAAGUAGAAGGAAAUGUGAUAUUUGAUCCAAACACUUAUGUUCCUAAGGAGACUAUGCUAAAAACCACCCUGAAUAUGUAUGGAUUUCACGAAAGUGAUAUCUUUGAGCUUGGCUUGGAUGGAAAGGGUUUUGAACCAACACUGGAUGCUUUAUUUGGAGAGAAGGGAUUUUUCCCAGACACUGCAAGCAAGGCUUUGUACUGGGUUGAUGGCAGAGUUCCAGAACAGGUUUCCAAGGCACUCUUUGACUAUUUUGGUUAUUCCAAAGAUGGCAAACAGGAUCAGGAUAUCACGAAAGGAAUAAUGCUUAACCUUGAAAAACUGAUAAAAGAAUUGGGAAACAAGGAAGUUCCUGAUUUAGCGUAUCUGAGAAUCCUCGGAGAAGAGCUUGGCUACAUGAAACUCAAUGAUUUCAAAUUGCUGGGAAGCAUGAUUUUGAAGAGCAUUAAAACUGUGCAGGGUAUUCCAGAAAUGAUUGCACAAGCCAUCUCAAAAGGUGCUGACAGGGACUUAUUUGUACACUACAUGUUUAUGGACAAUGAGUUUGAGCUCCCAACUGGAGCAGGUUUGCAAAUGAAGUUUGCUUUGUCCGGAAUAGUGACACCUGGAGCCAAAGUAGCUGUGAAGCUUCAUCAAAAAAGCAUGCAAGCAGAACUCAUUGCUAAACCUUCAGUAGCAAUUGAGUUUGUAACUCACCUGGGAAUAAACAUGCCAGAAUUUGCUAGAAGUGGCGUGGAGAUGAAUUCCAAUAUUUUCCAUGAGUCUGGAAUACCUGUCCUGGGAAUAAUAGGUUCACUUUCGUAUUCCAGCAACACACUACAUUUGGUAUCUCCAGCAAAAACUGAAGAGAUUCCACCUCUGAUUGAGAACAGAGAGUCACGGACUUCUUGCAAGCCUUUCAUUACUGGUCUAAAUGUCUGCACCAACGUAUUGUACUCUAAUGCCAGUGCCACAGAGUCAGCUCCAUACUAUCCCUUGACUGGAGAAACAAAAUUUGAAAUUGAAAUAGUUUCCACAGGGGAAGUGAAGGAAUACUCUGCAAGUGCUAACUAUGACCUGCAGAGAGAGGGAAAUGAUCUGAUAGACACCUUAAAGUUUGCUGUCCAGGCAGAAGGUGUGAAGCAGCGCGAGGCCACAUUGACCUUCAGGUACAACAGAGACAGGAAAAUUUUGACCAGCAAUGUCCACGUUCCAGAUAUUGAUGUUGACUUUGGUACAAACUUCAGAAUUACUGAUGAAUCUGUUUCUGGGAAGAAAGCAUAUACCUUAAUCUUAGACUUUAACAACAAGAAGAUUUCUGAAAUUACUCUUACUGGCCAAAUAAGAUACGCUGGAAUAGAAGAGUCAAUGCUAAGAGGCACCAUUUCUAUUCCUCGCCUGCAAACCGAACUUAGAACUGAAGCACUGGUUAAUUAUUCACCGACCAAGGGAUAUCUUCAAAUGAGCUCAGCUGCAACAUCUCAUGGGAACUCAAUUUCAGGAAGAGUUGUUUUCAGAUAUGAUUCUGAGAAAGUUGAGCUAGAGUGGAAUUCAGGAACAAGUGCUGCCGUGAAAAAAAUGUCUUCUGGCUUCACAGUUGAUUUUUCAGACUACCCAAAAACUUUAGAGAAGCAUGCCAAUGAACUGCUGGAUCAGAAAGUAGCUCAUACUGAUAUGACAGUGCGACAUAUUGUAUCACAAUUUAUCAUGGCAACCAAUACCUGGCUGCAAAAAGCAUCAAAAGAUGUCCCCUAUGCUCAGACUCUACAAGACAGACUAAGUGGACUGCAAGAAUUGAACAUUCAGAAAAUGAACCUGCCUGUUAUCACCAUUCCUGAAGAACUUUUCCUGAAAAGUGAUGGCCAGAUCAGAUACACUUGGAAUAAAAGCAGUUUUUUAAUUAAUAUCCCAUUACCGUUUGGUGGAAGAUCAUCCCGUGAUAUAAAGGUGCCACAGAGCAUUAAAACACCUCCUCUGGUAAUGGAGUCAAUGGGAAUAAACGUACCAUCACAGGAAUACAGAAUCCCUCCGUUUACUGUUCCAGAAUCCUAUCCACUUCGUGUGCCUUUACUUGGCACUUUAGACAUCUCUACUAAUAUAUACAGCAACUAUUACAACUGGACAGCAGCAUACACCUUGGCUAACAGCACCACAGAGAAAGCAUCCAGCAUAAGAAGUACUUAUACCAUGAAUGCUGAUUCAGUUUUUGAGCUGCUUUCAUACAAUGUAAAAGGUUCUGGAGAAGCAUCUUAUAAUAGGAAUGGCUUUAUCUAUGCCUAUGAAAAUCACCUGAAACACAGACUCUUAACGUCAGUAUUUAAGCUGGCCAGGACAAAGAGUUACGAACCUAGUCCAAUUGCAAACUACACUGUAUCACUUAUGGCAUCCAGUACUCUGGGUCCUCAGCUUUCAUUCUCCGCUGAUAUUGUUUCUGAGAAGACAAAUAAUGUGAAUAUCAAUAAUGUCAAGAUGGAAGGACAACUGGAAGUGGCUUCUGUCUUUGCAAGAAGUAUUUACACUCUAUCAAGCUCAUACAAUGAAAAGAGGCAAGUUCUAGAAGGGAAAUCAAAUCUGAAGUUGGAUUCUUCUUACCUUCAGGCUACCAACCAGGUAUCUGGUAGAUACAGUGAUGGCACAUUUUCCAUUACUUCAGUUUCUGAUGUACAGAGCGGACUAUUAAAGAACACAGCUUCACUGAGGUAUGAAAACAGCCAGCUGAAAAUGAUAUCUGAAACAAAUGGGAGGUAUCGACACCUUGCAGGUGUCAAUAAGCUUGAGUUAAUUUUGUCAAAGAAGACAGCUGCCCUUCGCUCUGAGUACCAAGCCACUUACAAGCAAACCCAAUAUUAUGCCUUGUUUGCAGGUUCUGUCAAUUCCCAGGAUCUUGUUCUCAACACUGAUAUUUCUAUGACUGAUCAAAGGAAUCGAGCUGCCCAUAAGUCAUCACUGAAUGUUAAUCAAUAUGGUGUAGCCAGCAGUGCAACCACAAAUGUGCAGUUUAGUCCACUGACAAUGCAGAGUGAAAUGAAUGCCAAACUUGAUACUUCUGGAGGCUCCAUGUCACUAUCCUCUUCUGGACGCUAUGGUAAAAACAAUGCAAAAUUCAAUCUAGGUGGAAGAGUGAGCUUAAUGGAAAUAACACUGGGAAGUGAAUAUCAGAGUACAGUUCUGGGUAUGGACAACAAACAUGUUUUAAACUUCAGAGUUAAUACAGAAGGACUCAAGUUUUCAAAUAACUUGCAAGGAUCGUUCAAAGAAAUAAAGCUGGAGUACACAAAUGACUUGAAUAUUCCUGGCUUAUCCUUAACAUUUACUUCAAAAUUAGACAACAGCUUCAGCUUUGACAAGUUCCACAAGCAUGUUUUUGACCUACAAAUGCAGCCUACAUCACUUACAGCUAAGCUGAGCAAUAAUAUUAAAUACACUAGAACUGAAGUUACCAACAAAGCAGAAUUACUCCUUGAACCUCUGAAACUGAAUUUGGGUGGCAAUGUGAGAGGAGCCUAUGGAGCAGAUGAAAUAAGGCAUACCUACACCAUUACAUAUGCUGAUCUAGCUGCAAACUUUAAAACAGAUACGGUUGCAAAUGUUCAAGGUACAGCAGUAAGUCAUAGAGUUAAUCUGAACGUGGCAGGACUUGCUUCCUCAAUUACUAUCAACACAAACUGUGAUUCCAAAUCUCUCCGUUUCAGCAAUGCUGUACGUUCCACCAUGGCCCCAUUUACUAUCACUGCUGAUGUACAUACCAAUGGUAAUGGGAAGCUGAUUGCUAUGGGUGAACACACUGGAGACCUUUACAGCAAAUUCCUGUUCAAAGCAGAGCCUCUUGCUUUCACUUUCUCCCAUGAUUACAGAGGAUCUACCAGUCAUAGCUUGAAGUCUAGAGAAAGAUACACUACACUGCUUGAUAAUAAAGUUCAUAUGCUUUUUACUCCAUCAGAGCAGUCAAGUGCUUGGAAAUUGAAAAGUCAGCUGAACAAUAACGUAUAUUCACAGGAUCUCAAUGCUUACAACAAUGCAGAAAAGACUGGUGUGGAGCUUAGUGGAAGAGCUGUAGCAGAUCUCUCUGUAAUGGAUUCAUCAAUCACAGUACCAUUCACGUCUGAAGCAAUUAAUUUAAUUGAUCUGUUAGGCCUCAGGGGCAGUUUGUCAGAGCCUCAAGAAUUCAGUAUCUCUGGCUCUGUGAAGUAUGACAAAAAUAAAGACAUGCAUGUUAUCAACCUGCCAUUCUUGGAACACUUGCCAGUUUACUUUGAACAAAUCAGAGGCACCAUUUUAUCAACACUGCAGGCCAUACAAAGUUACCUGAAAAACAUUAACAUAGAUCAACAUAUUAGAAAAUACAAGACAACUUUGGAUAAGCUCCCGCAGCACGUUAAUGACUACAUGGACAAACUGGAUAUGAAGGGCAGAGUUAGCAGCAUGAAAAAUAAUUUAAUUGCUUUCACAAGGGACUAUAGCAUAACUGCUGAUGAUCUCCAAAUUACACUGGAAAAAGCCAUGGUAAACAUUCAAGAAAUACUGUCUCAGCUGCAGGCCUAUCUGAUACAGAUUGAGCAAUAUAUCAAAGAUAAUUAUGAGCAGUAUGACAUUAAAGCACUUAUUGCACAGCUUCUUGACCAAAUAGUUGAAAAAGUGACAGCUCUAGAUAACAAGUAUAAGAUAAGAAUGACUGUAAUUGAUACUAUUCAGAAAUUACAGGCUCUUUUUCAUCAGUAUUAUCCUAAUGAAAUUGGAGGCAGCACUCUGGCUUGGAUUAAAAAUGUAGAUGAUAAGUACAAGAUCACAGCUUGGAUGCAGGAGAACCUAGAACAACUGAAGAUUCAAAUUCAGAAUAUAGAUGUCAGACGCAGUGUGGAAAACUUGAAACAGCAGAUUAAAAUGAUUGAUGUUAAAGCAGUUUUAGAAAAAUUGAAACGUUCAUUACCAAUUAAAAAACUGAAUGAAGUUAUUGAACAAAUCAAAGACUUUAUUCUAAACUGGAUGGAGGAGUAUGAAGUAUCUGAGAAGAUUAGUGCUUUCCGAGGUCACAUGCACAAACUGAUUGUAAAAUAUGAAAUUGAUAAGCAAGUAUAUUUUUUAAUGGACAGGAUGGUAGAACUGCUUAACCAGUACAAAAUAAAAGAAACUGUCCAGAAACUAAUCACCUACCUGAAAAAAAUUGAUGUGAAAUCCUGCUUUGAUAGAAUUGUUACUUUUAUUGAUGAUGCUGUCAAGAAAGUGCAAACAUUUGAUUAUGAAAUGAUGAUAAAGGAAGUCAACAAAUUCCUUGACAUGCUUAUAAAAAAUCUUAAGUCUUUUGACUAUAACCAGUUUGUCGAUGACACAAAUAAUAAAAUCCGAGAAGUGACCCAGAAAAUCAAUGAGGAGCUCAGAAAUCUAGAAUUUCCACAGAAGGCUGAAGCACUGAAACAGUAUAUGAGAGAUGUUAGUGCUGUGAUUUCAAAAUACAUAGAACAACUCAGGGACACCAAGCUUGCUGUGAUAAUUAACUGGUUCAAGGAUCUCAUAAACUCAACAACAUUUGCUAAUCUGAAAGCUAAGAUAAAUGAAGACCUGGAAGAUCUGCGAGACAGGAUUUCUGAAAUUGAUAUUUCCAAGGAAUUCCAGUGGUAUCUUCAGAAGAUAAGCCAGUUCUACAAUUCUGUUGUCAUAUACAUUUCUGAACAGUGGAACACUGCUUUUAAGAAGAUUGUUGCUUUGGCUGAAGAGUAUGAUAUCAAAAAUUGGGCUGAAAUUUUAAACCAGUUUGUUGAAUCAGGAUUUAAAGUCCCUGAAAUCAGAACUGCUAUAGUCACUAUACCAGCCUUUGAGGUUAGUCUCCGAACUCUGCGGGAAGCAACAUUUCAAACACCAGAUUUCAUUGUCCCACUCACUGAUCUGCAUAUCCCCUCCUAUGAGAUCAAUAUUAAGAAACUAAAGGACAUAAAAAUCCCAACGACUUUUACUACCCCAACAUUUACUAUUCUGAAUACCUUUGAAGUUCCUUCCUAUACAAUUGACCUGUAUGAGAUUAAACUUCAGGUUGUGAGAAUAAUAGACCAACUCCUGUCUGGUGAAUUUCAGCUGCCAGCAACUGAUGUGUAUUUUAAAGAUCUGAAGAUGAGAGAUAUGCCUUUUCCUAACAUUUCUUUCUCAGAACUACAAAUGCCUCAGUUUGAAAUACCAGAAUUAUUCAUUCCUAAGCUAAAUCUAUAUGAGCUUCAGAUUCCUGACAUGAAGAUACCAGAGUUCCAGCUUCCACGUAUCCCACAUACUGUAACAGUCCCUACAUUUGGCAAAUUGUCUGGUGCUUUUAGGGUUGCCUCUCCAUUCUUUACACUGUCUACUCAAGCUGAAGUUCAUAACACUACAACUUCUGCAAACAGCCCAGAAUUUGUGACCUCUGUUUCAGCUCAAGCAACGUCCAAAUUAGAUUUCCUAAUUUUUAGUGUUAUUGCAGACUCACGUCUCUCAGCCCCUGAGAUGAAGCAGCUGAACCUUAAAAAUUCUAUGAAGAUCAACCACAGAUUCCUUAAAGUUGAUCACACCAAUGAAGUGAUGUUUUUAGGGACUUCUGUAGAAGGUAAAGCUGACACAAGAACAAACUUAUAUACAACAAAAAAUUCAAUAGAAGUGCAGAAUAGUUUAAUAGUCAAGCUAAAAAGAAAAAUUUGGAUGCAGAGUGGAACAACAUAUUCCCACAGACUAAAUAUUCCACAAGUUGCCUUCUCCAGUCAGGCUGAUUUGAUCAAUAACAUGACAACAGAGUUAGAAGCAGGACACGUAUCGUUUACCUCCGUUGGUAAAGGAAACUGGAAAUGGGCUUACCCUAAUUUCUCUGAUGAAGGAACUCAUGAUUCACAUGCCACUUUCAGGGUUGAGGGCCCCAUUAUUAUAUUUUCUGCUGACAACAGAAUAAAUGAUAAGUACUUGAAAGUCAAUCAAGCUAUGAGAUAUGAGUGUGGUUUCCUAAAUUAUGCAACAUUUCAGAUUCAAUCUGAAAUUGAGUCACAGCCUGUGGGACGUAGCGUUCUAAACGUAAAAGGCACAGGACAGCUUGGAGGCAUGAAAGUAGAAUUAACGGGCUCUCACAAAGCUCGGCUCAAUGGACGGAUUACUGGAACUGUGAAUAAUGAGAUUUCCUUCUUGGUCCAGCCUUUUGAAAUUCGUCUAUUCACAAACAAUGAUGGAAAUGUGAAAAUAAGCUUCCCAAUGAAACUGACUGGCAAAAUUUACAGAUAUUCCCAUAACAUGUCUGCUGGCAAUAAUGAUGACCGAAUUGAAGCUCACAUUGAAAUGAGUGGAGAUGCCAACCUUGACUUCCUAAAUAUUCCUUUAAGCAUUCCUCAGUUUCAUGUUCCGUAUACUGGAAUCAAAACUCCUCAGCUAAAAGAUUAUUCCCUGUGGGAACAGGUAGGCCUGAAGGAUUUAUUGAAGACUACAAAACAAUCAUUUGAUUUAAAUUUGAAUGCUCAAUAUGAGAAAAACAAAGAUAGGCACUUGAUCCCACUUCCUUUGGCAACAGUGCAUGAAGUACUUAAUAAAUACAUCAUUUUCUUCAACAAGCAUUUUGAGAAAGGAAGAAACGCUGCUUUAGAUUUUCUCACAAAAUCGUAUAACGAAGCCAAAACAAAAUUUGACAAAUACAAAGUACAGACAUCACUGAACAAACUACCUCGGGUCUUCAGGAUUCCAGGAUACACCAUUCCAAUUGUGAAUAUUGAGGUUUCUCCUUUUACUGCUGAGAUGCCAGCCUUUGGUUACAUGCUCCCCAAAGAAAUAAGCACAACAGGAUUCACUGUCCCAUUCAUUGGCUUUUCAGUACCAUCUUACACACUAGUCUUACCUUCUCUGGAGCUUCCAGUCCUUCAUGUCCCACAGGAUCUACGUACUCUUAAGCUUCCUAGAUUCAGAAUCAACAGCCCAUCGAAUCACAUAUUAAUUCCUGCCAUGGGAAACAUUACUUAUGACUUCUCGUUUAAAUCCAGUGUGAUCACUUUGACUGCAAAUGCUGGACUGUUCAAUCAGUCAGAUAUUGCUGGGCGACUCAGUGUCUCAUCUUCUUCUGUCAUUGAUGCACUGCAAUUUAAGCUAGAUGGUUCAACAAGUUUGACAAGAAAAAGGGGUUUGAAACUGGCCACAGCAUUGUCCCUGAGUAAUAACAAAUUUCUAGGAGGAAAUCAUGACAGCACUAUUAGUCUCACAAAAAGGAACAUGGAAGCUUCAUUGACAACAAACGCAGAUAUCAACACACCCAUUUUAAAAAUGAAUUUUAGCCAGGAGCUUUCUGGAAAUACUAAAUCCAAACCCACUCUUUCAUCAGGCCUAAAAUUAAUGUAUGAUUUUAAUAGUCCUAAAUAUGGCACCAGUGCUAAGGGAGGAAUUGCUCACAAACUUACUUUAGAAAGCCUUACAUCUUACAUAUCAGUAGAAACAUCAACAAAGGGGAAUACCAAUGGAGUAUUCUACACUGGAGUUUCAUUUUCUGGAAAUGUAGACCAUGAAGCAAACACCUAUCUGAAUGCUAAUGGAGCUCGGUCAACUCUCAAGCUUGAAGCCAACUCCAAAGCAGAUGGACUCUGGAACAAUGAAAUGAAAGAAAUACUUGCAAUUGAAGCAUCUACCCAUCGUGUCUAUGCAGUCUGGGAGCACAGUGGGAAAAACUAUGCGCGAUAUACACCUCUUUUCACAACUACAGGGACUCAGAAGUGCAAAGCAACCUUAGAACUGUCUCCCUGGAGUGUGUCAGCAGACCUUCAGAUACAAGCUACUCAGCCAAAUUCCUUCCUGGACACAGCUUCAUUUAAUCAAGUUGCCUUAAUGAAAAUCAAUACUGAAAACCAGAAAGUUGGCUGGAAGGGUGAAGGCCAAAUUCAGUCAUUAUCUCUCAGUCAUGAUAUGCAAUUAUCAAAUGAAAAAUCAAAAGCAAAGUUUGAUAUUUCUGGGUCUUUGGAAGGAUACUUAGACUUCCUCAAAAACUUACAGUGUCCCAUUGCUGAGAAGAGCUUAUGGGAUAUCUUGAAGUUGGAUGUCACUACCAGCGCUGACAGAAGACAGUACUUAAAUGCUUCAGCAUCCCUGGUGUACACAAAGAGUGAAGAUGGCUACUUUAUCCCCAUACCUGUGAAUAAGCUGACAGAUGGCAUUUCUUUCAGUAUUCCUGAGUUAAACCUAAAGCCUUUAAGUCCUGUUCUCAGCACUCCAGAAUUUAGAGUACCUUUCACCACUCUCCAGGUCCCAGCAUAUACUAUGGACUUGCGCAACAUAAAAAUUCCGCAGACACUAAACACAAUGCCAUUUGAUGUGAAUUUACCCAUGCUACCAAGACUAAGAUUCCCCAGAGUGAAUGUAGGAGCUAAUUAUGUUACAUUAGAAGAAUAUAAAAUCCCAUAUUUUGAGGUGACAGUACCUGAAUACCAAAUAACUGUGUCUCAAUUCACUCUUCCAAAAAGUAUUUCGCUUGGCAAUCUACAUAUAAAUCUGGAUGAAGUAGCUAAUAAGAUUGCAGAUUUUGAUCUGCCUACAAUUACAAUUCCUGAACAGAAAAUUGAGAUCCCCUCUCUCAAAAUAUCCUUGCCUGCUGGAAUUUACAUUCCAUCAUUUGGUGCCUUAACUGGAUCUUUCAAAGUUGCUUCACCAUUGUACAAUGUCACCUGGAGAACAGGCUUAACAAAUAAAAAGGACUCCUUUCAACAAUCCCUUGACUCUACCUGCAGCUCAACAUUACAGUUCCUGGAAUAUGAUUUGAGUGUUGUUUCAAACUACAAAUAUGAAGGAGGCAUGCUUGUUAUGAAGACAGUUGGCAGCUUUUCACAUCGUGACAUGAGUGUGAACUACAAGGAAGAUCUUACUGCUCGGGGAAUUAGAAUUGUGGACAACACUGCAUCACUAGACAUCACCAGCCCAACAUUUACUGAUGUUCAUGUGCGUUAUAAAGGCACUGACAGCAGGAUAUCCUCCUCAGUAUCUUCACCCUCUGCUGGGACCUUAGGCUAUCUCGUUGAAAUGGACACUGACAUUUUCAACGCAAAACUUUACUACCGAACUCGGUCUGCCCCUCAAAAGGACAUUGACAUAUUAAAAAGUGAGAUAUCCUUCAAGAAACCUGACCUGAUUCAGAUCAAAUUCAACUGGAAAGAGGAUGCUGCCAGAGACUUGCUCUUGGGUCUAAAAGAAAAGGUACCUAGAAUGACAAGUGCAGUCUAUAGCUGUGUUAAUCGGUACCAUAAGGAGCAUAUGGGACUGGAAAUCAGUGCUGCCACCUUAAAGAUGAAGAAUAUCAUGCAGAAUAAUGCUGACAAAGCAUACACAUUCGCUGUAAAACAAAUAGAUGCAAUAGAUGCUCAGCUUCGCACAGCUGCCAGUGAGGCCUCUGACAAGUAUCAAGAGAUGAAGGUCAAAGCUAAACAGUUAUAUCAAAAAGCAGCAGAUCAAGCUGAGCAGUUUGACUAUCAAAGAAUAAAAACAAAGCUUUUGGAUGCUACAAUUGACAUAAUAGAAGAAUACCACAAAAGGAUAAAACACUUAAUUGACUCAGCCAUUGAAUUCCUGAAGAUUACAAAAUUCCAGGUCCCUGGGCUGUCUGAAAAGUACACUGGUGAAGAAUUAUACCUUAUGACUACAGAGAAGGUGGCGAAAACUGUUGAUUUAUGCCUUUCAAAACUUCAGGAGUACUUUGAUGCCUUAAUUGCAGCUAUCAAUGAGCUGCAAGUCAAAGUUCCUUCUUCUGAAAUAAUCCUCAAAGGCCGUAAUGUACUUGAUCAAAUUAAAGAAAUGUUGAAACAUCUGCAGGAAAAAAUCAGGCAGACAUUUGCUACUCUCCAGGAAGCUGGCUUUGCAGGAAAGCUUAAGCAACUGAAACAAAGAGUGCAACAAAUUUUCCAGAAGGCAGAAGACAUGAUUAGAAGCUUGCAAUCCAAAAAUUUUGAAGACCUCAAAGUCCAAACACAACAGCUGUACAAAGACGCCAUGGCUUCAGACUAUGCACAAAAACUGAGAUCUUUGGCUGAAGAUGUUAAAAAAUACAUUUCUCAGUUGAAAGUUUUUAGCCAGAAGACAUUCCAGGAGCUUUCAGAAAAGUUGCAGCAGCUGCUCCUCUACAUAAAGGCACUGCGGGAGGAAUAUUUUGAUCCAACUACACUUGGAUGGUCAAUUAAAUACUAUGAAGUGGAAGACAAAGUACUAGGAUGGCUAAAGAAUCUAAUAGAUACACUGGUGGGUUGGCAGAAGUAUGUUGGAGAUCUUGCUGACUCAGUUACACACCUGACAGACCAAGUAAGAGAAGUAGUGGAAAACUACAGUCAGGAAUAUUACGACCUUAUUACUGAUGCUGAAGGAAAAGGAAAACAGAAGAUCAUGGAGCUCUCAUCUGCUGCCCAGGAAAAAAUCCGAUAUUGGUCUACAGCUGCUAAAAGGAAAAUUGACGAACAUAACAGGCAAGUCAAAGCAAAACUUCAGGAGAUCUAUGUGCAACUUAGUCAUUCCCAAGAAAAGCUAAUUAGUGAGGCCAAAAAAUUAAUUGAUCUAACUAUAGAAAAUUACUCUGCAGUCCUGCAAUAUAUCUCAGAGCUUCUUCGUUGGUUGGAGCAAAUAACAGCCAACAGCGUAAAACCAUAUAUAGCGGUUCGUCAAGGAGAGCUUAGAAUAGAUGUGCCAAAACCAUUUGAUCUGGAGUCCAUUUAUCAAGUGCCCCAAAAAAGCAAAGAGGAACUCAGAAAAAAAGUGGAACUAACACGCGCACUGAUUCAGCAAGGCAUUGAGCAAGGCUCCAGGAAAUGGGAAGAAAUGCAAAGAUUUAUUGAUGAACAACUUGCCACUGAGCAAAUGAGUCUUCAGCAGAUUGUGGAAAAAAUACAGAAGCACAUGAAGACCUGAACGGACAUGGAGAAGAGGAGAAAUAAUGAGUUUGUACCACAAUGUAUUUAAAGAUAACAGCAAUCAACAUAUUGGAACUUCAGGUAGAUACUGUUUGAAUCUGAGUUUGUAAAUGAAAACUGAAUAAUCUACAGUAGGUUAUUUUAAUAAGCUUAAUAAGCCAAUAAAUGAAUUCUUUAUUACAUUUUUGUGUCAUUCAUUACAGGUAGUUUUACUUGGACCGUACAGCUUAAUCCAACAAUUGUUAAGGUCAAGGGAAGUCUUUGCAUUGAUUUCACUGUUUGUUGGAUCAAGCGAAUAACGUGCAAUACAUAUUGUAAAUAGUCACCAAAGCUAUGGAAUACACAGUAUAAGCAGGUUUUUAGAUAAAGGUCACAUUCAUAAGCCAGGUGAAGAGUAACUUGGAAACACAGCUAUUUCCCCGGAUAGAAGUACCUUCAUAGAUAAGUUUGGGAGAAAAAGAAGAGAAGAAAGUGCACAAAAAAUGAAGAUAGAAGAAAGAAUUCUGGAAAUAACUCAAAAAGUGAAAAAGAAUAUCACUGUAUGGAAAUACAACUCUUGGAAAAUUACAGAUAAUAAUAACAACAAUGUUCUGUUAAAAACUGAAAAAUCUACACAUGCCUCAGUUUUCAGAAAACUGUGCCAAGAAUUUUAGAUGGACUCUUUGUUUCCUCCUGGCUAAUUUAUGAUUCUGAAAUAGAGGAUUUUCUCAACUGUU